UCCGGUUUGAUGAGGGACAAAAGUCUCGAGGCUGGAGCUCCGUUUUUUCCCCAAAGGACCGGAGAACGUAACAUUGGAGGGAGGCCCAGGGAAAGCCAUUUAUUUCCAAGACCAAACCCUGCAGGACAUGGUGGUGGUCUUGCCAACUUCCCUGCAACCUCCACCAUAUCAUCACCAUCACCACCACCAUCCUCGGCUGGCUAUAAUUACAAUUAUCAGAAUCCAUCAUAUGCCCGCUUCCCGGCAUCACCAGCUGCUCCAAUGAAUGGUAACAAUGGCUUCCCAAUGUCUACUGCAAGAAAAUAUCUCGAGGAGGUCAUGGUCGACUCCUCUGGUGCCCCUCCUGGUAACAGUAUUGCCAACAACAACACCAGUUACAUGUACAAUGGGAGGAACUCUUCGAUGCCGAGGAGAGGAUUGGGGAGUAAUGCACCUGUUCAGAACCCUAUCAAGAGGUGCUCGAACUACAACUGCAACACCACUGAUACUCCAAUGUGGCGCCGUGGUCCCUUCGGCCCCAAGACACUUUGUAAUGCAUGCGGCAUAAAGUACCGGAAAGAGGAGGAGAAGCAGAAGGUGAAAACGGCAAGGGCGCUCGGCAACUCCAGGGCCGGUCGCUGGUCACUUUCCCAUUUUUAAUCAUAAAGUGGGCUCUUCUGCAAUUCAUCCAAUAUAUGUCUUGGAUGUGCUGUUUGGGACUUAUUCCGAAAUACAAUUCUCGGGUGCUUUCUUAAUAAAACGAUGGGAAAUCUCUAUGACAC